AUGGGGCCGCAGGGUGUUAAGGCCGUCUUCUUCGACCUGGACAACACGCUGGUCGACACGGCGGCGGCGGGUCGGCGCGCCAUCGAGGAGGUGAUCAGUGCCCUGCAGUCGAAGCAUCGCUGCGGCGAGGAAGAAGCCCGUGCCAUUUGCGAUAAGGUCCAGGCCAAGCUUCUCAAGGAGUGCCACGAUCCCGCUAAAAUGUGCAUCACUGACCUGAGAAUUUCGCACUGGGAGGAAGCGAUACAAGAAACGCUGGGAGGGGAGGCCAACCGCAGUCUGGCCGCCGAAUGUUAUUUCCUGUGGAAAACGACCCGUCUGCAGCAUCUCACCCUGGCCGAGGACACGCGAGGCAUGCUCACGGAGCUGCGCAAAGUGGUCCGCUUGCUGCUCCUGACUAACGGAGACAAGCAAACCCAAAGGGAGAAGAUUGAAGCAUGUGCCUGCCAGCCGUACUUUGAUGCUAUUGUUGUGGGAGGAGAGCAGAAAGAGGAGAAACCAGCACCAUCUAUAUUUCAUUACUGUUGCGAUCUUCUGGGGGUGCAGCCUGCUGAGUGUAUUAUGGUUGGCGACUCUCUAGACACAGAUAUUCAAGGAGGCCUAAAUGCAGGCUUGAAAGCAACUGUCUGGUUAAACAAAACAAUUACCACCCCUUUAGAUACCUCCCCAGUACCUCAUUAUGUUAUUUCUUCUGUUCUUGAUCUUCCAGCAGUUUUACAGAAGAUGGAUAACAAAAUUAAAACCAACUUAGAAACUAACCAUAUGGUUAGUAGUAAUGAAGUACACUGACAGUUCCAGCAUACAAUCAGAGAAAUAUGAAGCUGCUAGGAGAGUCGCACUCUUGCUAAAAAAUCUGACCCUAGGAUUUUAAGCUCAUACACAGUAUGCUUUCUCAAACAGCAGGUGGAUGAAUAAGAGCACAAUUGUCAAUGAAGCUGGAUAGAAACAAGGUAUUAGAUUAAUCUGAAUGAUGCAAGUGCAGUUAAAUUAAAAUAACUGCCUGUUUCUAGAAAUUAUUUUGACAGACUGUGUUUAAAGCAUAUCUGUCUCUGACCUGAGUUGCCACUCUCUUGUUUUAUGCUGGAAAAGAAGAGCUGAAUGUUACGAUCUUUCAUGUGCUUUAACUUGUAAGUGUAGCUGAAAACUGUUCAGAGUUUGUUUGCAGUGUGUAAAACGGUAGAAGGUGAGAAGCAUGGUACAAUCAAGUAAAUCUGCAGUUUAUCUCAAGAACUGGAUGAUUUUGCUAUUUGUAGAAAGUAUUAGAAUUUAUUGUAUAUCACAUCAUUAGA